CUUCUUUGCAAUACUUUUCAUUUCCAACCAUCUUGCAAUCUAUCAAGUAAAAGCAAUAUCUCUUCGUUUAAUCCCCGUGGGCCCUUUUCUUUUCGUCAACAACUUCAAUUUCCAAAGACCCCAGUUGUUAAAGCCACAGGAAAGAAAGUAGAGCUAGUGUAUGAUCCUGAUGGAAGGAUAAACAACUUGGCUGAUGAGGUGGAUAAACAGGCUCCUCUCUCAAGGCUCACCCUUUUCUCACCUUGCAAGGUUAAUGUUUUCUUGAGAAUAACCAGUAAGAGAGAAGAUGGGUAUCAUGAUUUGGCUUCUCUAUUUCAUGUGAUUAGUCUAGGAGAUGUGAUCAAAUUCUCUCUGUCGCCAUCAAAAGGUAUUGAUCGAUUAUCAACCAAUGUGUCUGGUGUGCCCCUUACUGAAGAUAAUUUGAUCAUUAAAGCCCUUAAUCUUUACAGGAAAAAGACCGGCACUGACAACUUCUUUUGGAUUCAUUUAGACAAAAGUGUGCCCACUGGGGCAGGGCUUGGUGGUGGGAGCAGCAAUGCUGCUACUGCCCUGUGGGCUGCAAAUCAAUUCAGUGGUUGUCUUGCUACUGAGAAGGAACUCCAAGAAUGGUCAAGUGAGAUUGGUUCAGAUAUCCCCUUCUUUUUUUCUCAUGGAGCAGCCUACUGUACUGGUCGUGGUGAGAUUGUUCAAGAUAUUCCUUCACUAGUACCUUUGGAUAAGCCAAUGGUUCUCAUAAAGCCCCCACAGGCAUGUUCAACUGCAGAAGUUUACAAGUGCUUUCAAUUGGAUAAAACCAGUCAAGCCGAUCCUUUAACAUUGCUAGAGAGGAUCUCAAGGAAUGGAAUAUCUCAAGAUGUUUGUAUCAAUGAUUUAGAGCCCCCUGCUUUUGAAGUUCUCCCCUCUCUCAAAAGAUUGAAACAGCGUAUAGCUGCAGCUGGCCGUGGACAAUAUGAUGCUGUUUUUAUGUCUGGGAGUGGAAGCACAAUAGUUGGGAUUGGCUCACCAGAUCCUCCACAAUUCAUAUAUGAUGAGGACGAGUACCACCAUGUUUUCGUGUCAGAGGCCAAUUUCAUUAAUCGUGAAGCGAAUCAAUGGUAUCAACAACCUGGUUCAAGUUCAACAAGUUGUGAUUCUCCAGCUGAGUUUACCCGCUCUAUCGAGUGAAUUAUUAUUCUCUAGUUGUAUAGAAACAAUGAUCACAUCUGUAUAAUUAUACCAGUCACUGAGGUGCAACGAACACUAGCAAAUGCAAUUACCUGUGUGAAGCUAAUGGAAAGCUGGGAAUAGAG